AUGUUUGGUAAGAAAAAGCGAACGCAUACUAGCGCAGAUCUGCCUGAGCAGGCUAUGAGUGAUUCAUUAAGAGCGGCUCAAGUGAUAUUUCAGAGACAUGCUGACUCGCAAUCUAGCUUGGUUUCGAACUCUCCAGGACUGUCGAACCAGGCCAGUCCCACUAUGCCAAGAUUUAGGAAAUCUAAUAGUACGAUGUCGACUAGCAGAUCAACACAACCUGGGAGAAGCUCUUCGGUAGCUCUGAAGGGUAGCCAACAAAAUGUUAGUAGACCUAAGUCUCCUACACCUAAUGAUUCUGCACAUGCGGCAGCAGCAAUGGCACACAUGACUCUAGGCCGAGAAUCGGAUCACCAGUACGAUGAGCUACUAGGAUUAUCUGCUCUACCACAUUUCAAUAGUUCAACAUCCUCUACGAGGAACGUCGACAGCAAAUUGGAGCCUGUUAGACGAGAAAGUAUGACAAGACAGUCGAAUAAUUCUAAAUCGCAGCUACACAUGGAUGUACGUCCACUUCCACAGCCACAGAGGCCACCGGCAAUUAAGACUCCAGCUUCGAGUCCCAAUAUUGGGCAAUCAAAUAAUGCACAACGUCCGAAGGUUCACAGUUCGGAAUCGCGAACAUUGGUUGGCAGAGUACCGCCUCCCAAUAUCUAUCUUCAUCCAACGAAUAGUCCUGAAGUCACGGAAGAUGGACGUAGUGGAAAUCAACUUUCAUCGUCUUCAUCUAUCGCAACUUCCUCUUCCGCAUUAUCCUUUGUUACUGGUGGCUCUUCAUAUGUCGGCGACGAAGCACAAGAUUCGGGAAACGAGGACUUGGAUAGAGAUGUUGGUGACUCUCAGUACGAUGAAUACGAUCUAGAUGAUAAUUCACCAUUACAGGAUGCUCAUGAUCAAAAGACACAAUUUACUUCGUCCACGGUCGAUAUUUCACCAGAGCCUAGCGAACUCGAAACUCCCACGAGCCCCGUACAGACAAAUGCGACCUAUGGGAAGCUGAAUCGAAUCGGCAACGGAAACGUCACUUUCCAGGGCACUCUACCUGAUUUGAUACCGAAUCACACUCGAAGGACCAGGAUGGAAAAAUUCAAGACUAAGCUCUUUGGAUCGAGAAAUAGAACUGAUACAACUAACGAUCCAGGUUCUACAUCAAGUGUUAGUGCUGAUGGUGAGGGAAGACCCGUAGUAACGACAAACAAUAAUUUAAGAUUUAAGACCACCAUGCGUGGUCAUGAUCGUCACUCCUCAAGCGAAACUGGUGGUAACUCGCUUAAAGGCCAGCAUGAGGGUGCAGGGGCAGAAGAAGACUUAUUGGACUCAGACGAUGACGAUAGUGAUACAAUGGAGGACCAAGUAGAUGAGAAGAAACGAAAGAAACGGGCUGCCAGGCUAAGAAGAAGACUUAAGCAUACCGCAGCUGUUGUACCAUGCACGCAUCACCUACAUCACCAUCACGAUAACCGUCAUAGUACUAAGCGCAAGGGAUUUAAUGAAGAUAAACCAUGGAAAUCACACAAAGACGUUGGAUUCGUCACAGCACAAGAACGGAAGCGGUAUGAAGGUAUGUGGGUCAGUAAUAGAUGCCUAUACUUAGAAUUACUCCCAUGGUGGGCUUCAGUUAUUAGCGGGCAAAAUGCACCACCAGUAAAGCUUCCCGAAGAUGGUCUAAUGCUCAAUCUAGUGAUCAAAGACAUAUGGGCCAGAUCUAACCUGCCGAGUGACCUUCUAAUGCAGAUUUACGACAAGGUAGAUACCAGACAUGAUGGAACUCUGGACAGAAAAUCCUUCAUCGUGGGAAUGUGGUUAGUAGACCAAUGUCUGUACGGCCGUAAGCUACCAAUAGACAUCGACCAGCAGGUUUGGGACAGCGUCGAUAGGUACGUCGUCAACGUUAUAAAUUCCACCACCAUGAAGCAAAUGGAUAAGAGUAAGAAGAGACAGAUGAAACAAGAGAUUAAGAAUAUCAAGAAGGACAUGAAGAAUGUCAACGUAUGA